AUGUUCGAGGAGCAGGCGACCAAGGUCAAGAUCACGUCCGUGGUGAUCCUGGUGGGCAUGUCGGCCAUGCUGGCGGCCGUGGUGACCGACCACUGGGCCGUGCUCAGCCCCCGGGUGGAGAAGCUCAACGCCACCUGCGAGGCGGCCCACUUUGGCCUCUGGAGGCUCUGCAAGAAGACCAUCUUCAUCGUGGAGGAGGACCCUCAGGGCAAAGGCUGCGGCCCCAUCAGCUUACCUGGAGCAAAAAACUGCUCCUACUUCAAACACUUUACCUCGGGGGAAGAAGCUGAAGUUUUUGAAGUCAAGACUCAGAAAGAGUACAAUAUCUCGGCAGCAGCCAUCGCCAUCUUCAGUCUGUUCUUCAUGAUCCUUGGCACCCUCUGUGUCAUCUUCUCUUUCGGGAAGGGCAGGGACUACCUGCUCCGGCCCGCUGGGAUGUUCUUCGCCUUCGCAGGGCUUUGCAUUUUCAUCUCCGUCGAGGUAAUGCGCCAGUCAGUCAAGCGCAUGAUCGACAGCGACGAGACCAUCUGGAUUGAGUACUACUACUCCUGGUCCUUUACAUGCGCCUGCGCCUCCUUCACCCUGCUCAUCCUCAGCGGAGUCGCCCUGCUCCUCAUCUCCAUGCCACACAUGCCACGCAACCCCUGGGAGACCUGCAUGGACGCAGAGCCCGACACCUUAGAUUAGCCGCAGGUGGCGCGACGGGCUAAAUGUUUUAAAAGCCUGGUUUAAAAAUGACAAGAAAAUACAAGUGGUUUUGCAUAUUUUAGCCCUUUAACUACUCCGACUACACUCCCACAUAUUUACAUGUAUCAUUACUGCGAGCUAUUUUCCAAAGCAUUAACCGUUUUUAGUUGUUUAUUUCUUGCUGUCCAUGUCCGCUGAUUUCAGUUCAUGUUGGUAAAAUAUGCAAAUCAAUGUGGAAAGAAUUGUAAUAGACAAUUGGUGACAGCCACAGCAAAAGCAAUGGCGUUUGCACUAUCUUCACGCGGUAACCAAGUUGAAAGCAGGAAUUGUUUUGAAAACUUGUCAUCGUUGGUUUGUUUGAGAGCCGAGGAAUAAUGAAGUAGCAUCUAAGACUAAAAGAAAAAUUAAAUGUCUGACAUUACCUACCCAGAUGGAAAAUUGGGUAAUGUUUCAGUGUUUCGUCAUCAAAACAUUACACGAGUUGCAUCAUUCUCCUAACCUGUUCUUAAUCCUGGUUUAAGGCUUGAAAACAAUUACACGCUAUAUAUUGCUGGAUUUGAAAUCUUAUUGGCUACAUGAUGCAUCAACAAUCUGGAAGCAGGCGUUUCAGUAGUGCAGGAGAAGGGAGGUAGAAAAGAGUGUCUGUUACUUGUCCACACAUUCACACGUAAGGGCGGACCUAGGAGAGAUUAGAGAAGAUGUACCUUUAUUGAUCCCCCCUUGGGAGAAAUUGCUCCAGUGAGCUGCCAAUCCAGUGGCUGCCAUCUCUGCAUCCACAUUGUAGAGGCAUAAUGACGUCUGCUGUGAAAUGAGAAGAGUCUUUUUACUGUUGAAGCAUCAGUCAUUGCAGUUUGUUUUGUUUGUUUGUUUUGCCAUUUUGUCACCAUUUAUGCAUCGAGUUCUGUGAGUUAGACUAAAUAUGAAAUUAAUCUAAUGGACAUUUGGGAACACGAGAAGACAGUUUUUUUAUUAGAGUUUGAUGCACUACUUAAACACCCAGACACUUAAUUUGUAAAUUGGCAAAACUUCAUACAUGAGUGAGUAAAUAAUAAUCUCUAAAAUGGAACUUUUGGAUGACGAUGCUGUGUUUGGGUUUGUGAAAGCAUAUUUCAUGAAUGCAAUGCUUUUUCAGCAAGAGGGUCUCAGUUUUUUUAAGAUGUUGGAGCUUUCCUCCAGCACCUAAACACCUCCACACAUGAAGUGGGCCCUGCUUUUUACUGCGUUACCAAAUUACCAGAAAAGCGAUGUUACGUGGAUACAAACUAAAACUGAACUAAAAUUGACUGGAACUAUUGGAUGCCUGGAAGUCAAGAAAAGAUCAGUCUAGAGGCACGUGGUAUAAGUACAAACAAUGUGAGGAAAUAUGAAUAAAAACAUGCAAACACACCUUUAAACCUUUAACACUUGACAAGACAAGACGUGGGCCAAGUGCCACAUUUAACAGUUUGAGGUUUGUUGCACUGGAUUAGACUGGAAAAAGACUGCAGUAAGAUAACAAACAAGGACGACAUGAUCAAACCUUUAGACUUAGACAAGGUAGGAUUACAGAAGACUAGGCAAGAUUUAAAAAAGCAAAGAAAAAAGAACUGGACUAAAACGGUACCAGACCAGAUGAAGACGGUGAGCGAUUGCGCUGUAACGCCUUGUUUCAAGUGAAGUAGUGAAUCGUUAUAAUGGGCUACUGUCACGCUGCAGUCUUUCCUUUUCUCAAAGGACUUUUUUACAAUCAAUCCAUGCCAUUGAUUGUCUAGAGAGAAACCACUUGCCCGCUACUCCCUUGAUGACAUCAGUCAUUUAUUGCAGGUCAAUGUUCAAGACCCCUGGAUACGUAAGUCCAGGAGCUUCGAUCCAUGAUAUCGGUAUUUGCUGAGCCUCGGGGUGACGCUUUGUAUGUUAGCACAUGUACUCUGCAGUCAGAGGGCAUUUUAAAAGCAGUUAAAACACCAGAAAUAAACAGAGAACGAUAAGAAAAUAACCGACCAUUUACUGACCCCUUACUGUCACCGCAUGGAUGGAUGAAAUAUGAUGUUCAAACAAGUCAAUUCAACAGGGGUCAUGACUCUCACAGCCCCUCCUUUACAAU